GAGUGAUAGACUCUUCAUAUUAAGUGGGAAGGAAAUCUCCAAAGGCAGCAAAGUCGUCUUUGAAGACGAUAGAGUCUGAUUCACACAAAACCAAAAGCAUCCAACGACCCUUAAAACCAACAAACUAACCGCCACCAUUUUCCAUAAGAUCUCUCCCUCUCCCUCUCUCUCUCAGACCCAGAAGGCUAGAGAGAGAGUGAUGUCAGCAGCAGUGGCUUCUUCGUCAGCAGCAGCAGUUGGAGGAGAUGUUGUAUGGAAGGCUCACGCGGCCAUGGCGCUGGUUCAGCUCUUCAACGGAGGCUAUCAUGUAAUUACCAAAGUAGCCCUCAAUGUGGGUAUCAACCAGCUUGUCUUCUGUGUCUACCGAGACCUUCUUGCUCUCGCCAUUCUUGCUCCAAUCGCCUAUGUCCGUGAAAAACGGAUUCGGCAACCAAUGAAUAGACGCCUCUUCGUGUCCUUCUUCUUUAUUGGGCUAACUGGGAUUUUUGGCAACCAGCUUUUGUUUCUUAUUGGUCUUGGCUACACAAAUCCUACAUACGCUGCUGCCAUACAACCUUCUAUCCCUGUUUUUACUUUUAUCCUGGCAGUGCUCAUGGGCACAGAAAGAGUGAAUUUGCUCAGGGUUGAAGGGCAGGCGAAAGUUUCUGGUACACUUGUUUGUGUUUCUGGUGCCAUAUUCAUGGUCUUAUUCCGAGGGCCUGCUUUGAUUGGAAAGCCUGUUGGGUGGUUGAUGUCCUCUUUCCUGGAUUUUGGGUUUGAUAAUUUUCAUCUUGGAGUUUUAUGCUUGAUAGGGAACUGCAUGUGCAUGGCGGUUUUCCUAGCCAUUCAGGCUCCACUUUUGAAAAGAUAUCCUGCCAAUCUGUCAGUGUCAGCAUAUUCGUACUUAUUUGGUGCUUCUUUCAUGGUGGUGACUGCAUUAUUUAUGACCAAUGAAUCAACAGACUGGAGCUUGACCCAGUCCGAGCUUUUUGCAGUUCUUUACGCUGGAAUCAUUGCAUCUGCCCUUAAUUAUGGACUCCUGACGUGGUGCAAUAAGAUCUUGGGGCCUGCUUUGGUUGCUCUUUACAAUCCACUUCAACCUGCAGCUUCAGCCUUUUUGUCAAGAGUUUUCCUCGGGAGCCCUAUUUAUUUGGGAAGUGUUGCAGGGGGUUUGCUAAUUAUUGCUGGUCUUUAUGUGGUGACUUGGGCCUCCUUUAGAGAAAGGCAAGCAGCUUUGGGUGUUAUACCGCCAAUUGCUCGAGUCUCUGAACCUCUCAUCCACAAAGAUGCAAAGACACCAUUCCAGAGAGUACACAUUUUACCAAAAUCAUCGUCAGAUUAAGAAGACGAUUAAGAAGACAGUUAUAUUGUUUUGUGAUGUAAAGUUAUUAUGCAAAACUCUUGAAAUCGACAAUAGACCGCCAUUGAGAUAUGAUAGUACGUCUUUUCCAUUCAUAUGUUUUCUCAAUGAAAAUUCAGCCGAUGCAGUUGAGUU